AUGAUAAGUCACUAAAAUUUAUAGGAUCCUUUCGAUUUCAUGAUAGACCACUUCCUACAACCAACAAUGUAGUGGCAUGAAUCUUUCAAUGAAGCAGACUUAUUUUAAAAUUUGAAUGAGCAAUAUGAAUGCGACUAAUUCCAUUACAUUCUUGUUGAUCUACAUUUUUCUGCAACAGAAAUGAAUAUUCAACCACUAUGCCCAGAUGUUUUUGAUAACGCUCAUUUAAAGAGGAGAAAAGGACGAGCCAACCAUUGA